CUUUCCCACCGCAGCGCAAAAGGCCAGGGAGGCCAUUCCAUCCCUGGCGGCUAAGAGGCGGGGUGGCAGGCUCUGCAGCCUGCGGACGGGGACGAAGACGGCGCGCGACGAUGACGCACCGCGGCGUGCGCGGUGUCGGCAGUAGCUGCGGCGCAGGGGCGGAGCGAAGGCUGCGGCGGCGUCGGGUACGCGCACACGUUGCAUCUUCUUCCUUCCGUGGGGUCCUGCGUGGUUCUGGCACCAGCCAGGCGUACUGACAGGUAGACCAGCGGACUGGUGGAGAUGGCGACGCUCUGUCUGACCGUGAAUUCAGGAGACCCUCCCCUAGGAGCUUUGCUGGCAGUAGAACACGUGAAAGACGAUGUCAGCAUUUCCGUUGAAGAAGGGAAAGAGAAUAUUCUUCAUGUUUCUGAAAAUGUGAUAUUCACAGAUGUGAAUUCUAUACUUCGCUACUUGGCUAGAGUUGCAACUACAGCUGGGUUAUAUGGCUCUAAUCUGAUGGAACAUACUGAGAUUGAUCACUGGUUGGAGUUCAGUGCUACAAAAUUAUCUUCAUGUGAUUCCUUUACUUCUGCAAUUAAUGAACUCAAUCAUUGCCUGUCUCUGAGAACAUACUUAGUUGGAAACUCCUUGAGUUUAGCAGAUUUAUGUGUUUGGGCCACCCUAAAAGGAAAUGCUGCCUGGCAAGAACAGUUGAAACAGAAGAAAGCUCCAGUUCAUGUAAAACGUUGGUUUGGCUUUCUUGAAGCCCAGCAGGCCUUCCAGUCAGUAGGUACCAAGUGGGAUGUUUCAACAACCAAAGCUCGAGUGGCACCUGAGAAAAAGCAAGAUGUUGGGAAAUUUGUUGAGCUACCAGGUGCGGAGAUGGGAAAGGUUACCGUCAGAUUUCCUCCAGAGGCUAGUGGUUACUUACACAUUGGGCAUGCAAAAGCUGCUCUUCUGAACCAGCACUACCAGGUUAACUUUAAAGGGAAACUGAUCAUGAGAUUUGAUGACACAAAUCCUGAAAAAGAAAAGGAAGAUUUUGAGAAGGUUAUCUUGGAAGAUGUUGCAAUGUUGCAUAUCAAACCAGAUCAAUUUACUUAUACUUCGGAUCAUUUUGAAACUAUAAUGAAGUAUGCAGAGAAGCUAAUUCAAGAAGGGAAGGCUUAUGUGGAUGAUACUCCUGCUGAACAGAUGAAAGCAGAACGUGAACAGAGGAUAGAAUCUAAACAUAGAAAAAACUCUAUUGAGAAGAAUCUACAAAUGUGGGAAGAAAUGAAAAAAGGGAGCCAGUUUGGUCAGUCCUGUUGUUUGCGAGCAAAAAUUGACAUGAGUAGUAACAAUGGAUGCAUGAGAGAUCCAACCCUUUAUCGCUGCAAAAUUCAACCACAUCCAAGAACUGGAAAUAAAUACAAUGUUUAUCCAACAUAUGAUUUUGCCUGCCCCAUAGUUGACAGCAUCGAAGGUGUUACACAUGCCCUGAGAACAACAGAAUACCAUGACAGAGAUGAGCAGUUUUACUGGAUUAUUGAAGCUUUAGGCAUAAGAAAGCCAUAUAUUUGGGAAUAUAGUCGGCUAAAUCUCAACAACACAGUGCUAUCCAAAAGAAAACUCACAUGGUUUGUCAAUGAAGGACUAGUAGAUGGAUGGGAUGACCCAAGAUUUCCUACGGUUCGUGGUGUACUGAGAAGAGGGAUGACAGUUGAAGGACUGAAACAGUUUAUUGCUGCUCAGGGCUCUUCACGUUCAGUUGUGAACAUGGAGUGGGACAAAAUCUGGGCGUUUAACAAAAAGCUGCGAGCUCUCUGUAAGAAGGUUAUUGACCCAGUGGCUCCACGAUAUGUUACAUUACUGAAGAAAGAAGUGAUCCCAGUGAAUGUACCUGAAGCUCAGGAGGAGAUGAAAGAAGUAGCCAAACACCCAAAGAAUCCUGAGGUUGGCUUGAAGCCUGUGUGGUAUAGUCCCAAAGUUUUCAUUGAAGGUGCUGAUGCAGAGACUUUUUCGGAGGGCGAGAUGGUUACAUUUAUAAAUUGGGGCAACCUCAACAUUACAAAAAUACACAAAAAUGCAGAUGGAAAAAUCGUAUCUCUUGAUGCAAAGUUGAAUUUGGAAAACAAAGACUACAAGAAAACCACUAAGAUCACUUGGCUUGCAGAGACUACACAUGCUCUUCCUAUUCCAGCAAUCUGUGUCACUUAUGAGCACUUGAUCACAAAGCCAGUGCUAGGAAAAGACGAGGACUUUAAGCAGUAUGUCAACAAGAACAGUAAGCAUGAAGAACUAAUGCUAGGGGAUCCCUGCCUUAAGGAUUUGAAAAAAGGAGAUAUUAUACAACUCCAGAGAAGAGGAUUCUUCAUAUGUGAUCAACCAUAUGAACCUGUUAGCCCAUAUAGUUGCAAGGAAGCCCCGUGCGUUUUGAUAUACAUUCCUGAUGGACACACAAAGGAAAUGCCAACAUCAGGGUCAAAGGAAAAGACCAAAGUAGAAGCCACAAAAAAUGAGACCUCUGCUCCUUUUAAGGAAAGACCAACACCUUCUCUGAAUAAUAAUUGUACUACAUCUGAGGAUUCCUUUGUCCUUUACAAUAGAGUGGCUGCUCAAGGAGAUGUGGUUCGUGAAUUAAAAGCCAAGAAAGCACCAAAGGAAGAUAUAGAUGCAGCUGUAAAACAGCUUUUGUCUUUGAAAGCUGAAUAUAAGGAGAAAACUGGCCAGGAAUAUAAACCUGGAAACCCUCCUGCUGAAAUAGGACAGAAUAUUUCUUCUAAUUCAUCAGCAAGUAUUCUGGAAAGUAAAUCUCUGUAUGAUGAAGUUGCUGCACAAGGGGAGGUGGUUCGUAAGCUAAAAGCUGAAAAAGCCCCUAAGGCUAAAAUAAAUGAAGCUGUAGAAUGCUUACUAUCCCUGAAAGCUCAGUAUAAAGAAAAAACUGGGAAGGAGUACAUACCUGGUCAGCCGCCAUUAUCUCAAAGUUCAGAUUCAAGCCCAACCAGAAAUUCUGAGCCUGCUGGUUUAGAAACACCAGAAGCCAAAGUACUUUUUGACAAAGUAGCUUCUCAGGGAGAAGUAGUUCGGAAACUUAAAACUGAAAAAGCCCCUAAGGAUCAAGUAGAUAUAGCUGUACAAGAACUCCUUCAGCUAAAGGCACAGUACAAGUCUUUGAUAGGAGUAGAGUAUAAGCCUGUGUCGGCCACUGGAGCUGAGGACAAAGAUAAGAAGAAGAAAGAAAAAGAAAAUAAAUCUGAAAAGCAGAAUAAGCCUCAGAAACAAAAUGAUGCCCAAAGGAAAGAUCCUUCUAAAAACCAAGGAGGUGGGCUGUCAUCAAGUGGAGCAGGAGAAGGGCAGGGGCCUAAGAAACAGACCAGGUUGGGUCUUGAGGCAAAAAAAGAAGAAAAUCUUGCUGAUUGGUAUUCUCAGGUCAUCACAAAGUCAGAAAUGAUUGAAUACCAUGACGUAAGUGGCUGUUAUAUUCUUCGUCCCUGGGCCUAUGCCAUUUGGGAAGCCAUCAAGGACUUUUUUGAUGCUGAGAUCAAGAAACUUGGUGUUGAAAACUGCUACUUCCCCAUGUUUGUGUCUCAAAAUGCAUUAGAGAAAGAGAAGACUCAUAUUGCUGACUUUGCCCCGGAGGUUGCUUGGGUUACAAGAUCUGGCAAAACCGAGUUGGCAGAACCAAUCGCCAUUCGUCCUACUAGUGAAACAGUAAUGUAUCCUGCAUAUGCAAAAUGGGUGCAGUCACACAGAGACCUGCCCAUCAAGCUCAAUCAGUGGUGCAAUGUGGUGCGUUGGGAAUUCAAGCACCCUCAGCCUUUCCUACGUACUCGUGAAUUUCUUUGGCAGGAAGGGCACAGUGCUUUUGCUACCAUGGAAGAGGCAGCGGAAGAGGUCUUGCAGAUACUUGACUUAUAUGCUCAGGUAUAUGAAGAACUCCUGGCAAUUCCCGUUGUAAAAGGAAGAAAGACAGAAAAGGAAAAAUUUGCAGGUGGAGACUAUACAACUACAAUAGAAGCAUUUAUAUCUGCUAGUGGAAGAGCUAUCCAGGGAGGAACAUCACAUCAUUUAGGGCAGAAUUUUUCCAAAAUGUUUGAAAUCGUUUUUGAAGAUCCAAAGACACCAGGAGAGAAGCAAUUUGCCUAUCAAAACUCCUGGGGCCUGACAACUCGAACUAUUGGUGUUAUGACUAUGGUUCAUGGGGACAACAUGGGUUUAGUAUUACCACCCCGUGUAGCAUGUGUUCAGGUGGUGAUUAUUCCUUGUGGCAUUACCAAUGCACUUUCUGAAGAAGACAAAGAAGCGCUGAUUGCAAAAUGCAAUGAUUAUCGAAGGCGGUUACUCAGUGUUAACAUCCGCGUUAGAGCUGAUUUACGAGAUAAUUAUUCUCCAGGUUGGAAAUUCAAUCACUGGGAGCUCAAGGGAGUUCCCAUUAGACUUGAAGUUGGGCCACGUGAUAUGAAGAGCUGUCAGUUUGUAGCUGUCAGACGAGAUACUGGAGAAAAGCUGACAGUUGCUGAAAAUGAGGCAGAGACUAAACUUCAAGCUAUUUUGGAAGACAUCCAGGUCACCCUUUUCACAAGGGCUUCUGAAGACCUUAAGACUCAUAUGGUUGUGGCUAAUACAAUGGAAGACUUUCAGAAGAUACUAGAUUCUGGAAAGAUUGUUCAGAUUCCAUUCUGUGGGGAAAUUGACUGUGAGGACUGGAUCAAAAAGACCACUGCCAGGGAUCAAGAUCUUGAACCUGGUGCUCCAUCCAUGGGAGCUAAAAGCCUUUGCAUCCCCUUCAAACCACUCUGUGAACUGCAGCCUGGAGCCAAAUGUGUCUGUGGCAAGAACCCUGCCAAGUACUACACCUUAUUUGGUCGCAGCUACUGAGGGAUGAACGAAACCCCCCUCUUCAACUCCUCUCACUUUUUAAAGCAUUGAUAUUAGUAUCUUCUCAGAUACAGACCGUUUUAUGAUUUUUUAAAGAGUAAAAGUUCUAAAAUGAAGUCACACAAGACAAUUAUUCUUAUGCCUAAGUUAACAGUGGAUAAAAGACUUUUCUGUAAACAACCCCAGUAAUAAAUAUCAUGAACUAA